AGACAACACAAACACUUGCUUCUUUUUUCUUCUUUUUUCCUUUCUUUCUUGCUUUUAUCUUUGUCUUAAAUAACUCUGUGAGAGACGGACAUCCCAAUGUUAGUAGGAUUAUUAUUGGAUUAACCUGAACCUCACCCUUUCAUUUUUCUUCUAUUUUUUUUCUCUCUCUCUCUCUGUGGGUGUGUCCGUGUCUCCUUCCUCAUGGGUGCUUUCUUGGGUUUAAGUGCAUAAUUUUUGUUACUUUAACCCUACCACCCCACUUACACACUCACCACCACCAACAAUCUCUAACGUUUCUCCUUUUCCUCAUCUAUCUAAAGGGAAAUAUUUGUUGGGUAAUUCUCCUUUCCUUCCCUCUUUCUCUCUAACUGAGAAAAGGAAACACAAAAAAAAAAAAAAAAAGAAGAAGAAGAAGAAGACCUGGUAACCUCUGGUCCAGGGAUUUCCAAUUAAUAAAAAGUUUGUAGCUUUCUUUCAGUUCGAGGCGUUUGAUGUUUGUCUGAGUUUACUCUUUGUUUUAAGAUAUGGGUCCUGGGGGAUCAGACCUGGAAACUUUUUGAGUUUUGUGUUAGAUCCGAGCUUUUGGAUAUCAUUUCGUGACUUGUUUCAUCUUGUCUGAACGGUUAAGUCACCUGUCAUAAACGGUCUACAUAUAUUGAGAAGGGGGUAAGAAAGUUGAAGCAGUUGGAAGCUUGUGGGUUCAAAGCCAUUUGGGGUCCCUACUUAUUUAAAAAUGAUGAUGUUUGAUGAGAUUGGAUUUUGUGGUGACAUGGAUUUCUUCUCUUCUUCUCUUGGAGAAGAUGUGGCUGCUCAGCAGGCUGAGCAUGAGCCGACGGUGGAGGAUGAUUAUUCCGAUGAGGAGAUUGAUGUUGAUGAGCUUGAACGUAGGAUGUGGAGGGACAAGAUGCGACUUAAAAAGCUGAAAGAACAGAAUAAAAGCAAGGAGGGUAUUGACAUGGCUAAGCAGCGACAAUCUCAGGAACAGGCUAGGAGGAAGAAGAUGUCAAGGGCACAAGAUGGGAUCUUAAAAUAUAUGUUGAAGAUGAUGGAAGUUUGUAAGGCUCAAGGAUUUGUUUACGGGAUUAUUCCUGAGAAGGGGAAGCCAGUUACUGGGGCAUCUGAUAAUCUUCGAGAGUGGUGGAAGGAUAAGGUCAGGUUUGAUCGGAAUGGUCCGGCUGCCAUAGCCAAGUACCAAGCAGAUAAUUCGAUCCCAGGCAAGAAUGAGGGUUGUAAUUCAAUUGGUCCAACCCCACACACAUUACAGGAGCUUCAAGAUACUACGCUAGGUUCGCUCUUAUCAGCACUGAUGCAGCACUGUGAUCCUCCUCAGAGGCGAUUUCCAUUAGAGAAAGGUGUUCCUCCGCCAUGGUGGCCCAACGGAAAUGAAGAGUGGUGGCCUCAAUUGGGCUUACCCAAGGAUCAGGGCCCUCCACCUUACAAGAAGCCUCAUGACUUGAAGAAGGCAUGGAAAGUGGGGGUUCUUACUGCAGUAAUUAAGCAUAUGUCUCCUGACAUCGCCAAGAUUCGCAAGCUUGUGCGACAAUCCAAGUGCUUACAGGACAAGAUGACAGCCAAGGAGAGUGCUACUUGGCUUGCAAUUAUCAACCAAGAGGAGGCAUUGGCCCGAGAGCUUUAUCCUGAUUCCUGCCCACCUUUGUCAUCAGCUGGAAGUGGAUCGCUGAUCAUUCAUGAUUGCAGUGAGUAUGAUGUUGAAGGCAUUGAAGAUGAGCCGAACUUUGAUGUGCAAGAGUGCAAACCUGAACAUCUUAAUUCUUCUGGUUUGGGAAUGGAGAGAAUGAGGGAAAGGCUGCCACUUCGACAACCUUCUUAUCCGAUUAAGGGUGAAUUAAUCUCCACUGUUGAUUUUAUUAGAAAGAGAAAACCAUCAAGUGAUAUCAACAUGAUGGUGGAUCAGAAGGUAUACACAUGCGAGUUUGUUCAAUGUCCUUACAGUCAACUCCGCCUUGGUUUUCAUGACAGGACUUCUAGGGACAAUCAUCAAUUAACUUGUCCAUACAGAAGUUCGUCUUUAGAGUUUGGUGGGUCAAAUUUUCAUGUUAAUGAAGUGAAGCCUGUUAUCUUUCCACAACCCUGUGCUCAACCAAAGCCAGCUGCUUCAAUGGUGAACAAUGCUCCACCUGCCUUUGAUCUCUCAGGAGUUCCAGAAGAUGGGCAAAAGAUGAUCAGUGAACUCAUGUCAAUCUAUGACACUAAUGUUCAAGGCAACAAGAAUUCUGGCAACAAUCAAGUCACUGAAGGUCACAAUCUUUUCCAGCCAAAAAUUCACCAUCAACAGGAUAACUACUUCAGAAGUCAAAGCAAUGUAAUGGACGCUAAUAUCUUUGAGGACUCCAACAUCCACAAUAACCAUCAGAUGUUUUCACAGGAUGGUAGUCAAUUUGACAGGUUUAAAGCUUUGAAUUCUCCAUUUGAGAGCAGUAACCAGCACAACAACAAUAACAGCAGCUUCAACUUGAUGUUCGGUUCACCAUUCGAUUUGUCAUCCUUCGAUUACAAGGAAGAUCUACAAGGAUUGGCAAUGGAGUCGUUGCCAAAGCAACAGGAUGCUGCAAUCUGGUUUCAGUAAAGAUGCCAAUCACUUAAUAGAACACUUGUGUUCUUUUGAGUGAUGACCACCUUAUUUUACUGUUAGGCUUCUGCAAGCCAGUGAAAACUAUUACUGGCAAAGAACUACUAUGAGCUACUGUAUUCCUUAUCUUUUUUUUUUUUUUUUUUUUUUUCACUUGGUAGGUUUAGAAUUGUUAGAUAGUUUAAGCAGGGUAAAGAAAUGGGCUAAUAAAGAAAAAGAAAAAAAGGUAAUCAAAGUCCCAUGAAUUCACCCUGCUGUUGAUUAAUAUACAUAUAGUAUGACUGUGAAAUAAAUAAGUAUUAGCUGUGUUUUCCUUUACUUUGUUCAUGAUGAUCAUCAGUUCAAGCCAUUGUGUUUGUGGUAAGGAAUUUGAUGGGGUAAUUUGUCUUGUAAUGAAUACAUGUUUUGUUCUUGCUGAAUGGAAAGGGCUUGUCUUUUUGUUAA